AUGUGUGUCAAAGAGUUUCUUGGAUACAACUGCGGCCACUGUGCCAUUCCCUACUUGCGCCAAUGUCCUGUCAGCGCCUCAAACCCAACCUUUCCGCCUUGCAAAUACCCCGCGGAGCGCCCCAUCUUCACAAAUGAGAAUUGCCAUCCUUGCUCUAGAGUUCUCUGGAACGCAAAGGUUCUGGCAGAGGAGGAAGCGCAUCGCAAGAGACAUCAAUUAGGGGAAUGCGACUGCUCGGUCAUCUUCGAUGCUGCUGACCGAGAGCGAAGAUUGAGACCUCGAAGCACCAGAGGCAAAGGAAAUGCCAACGAACGUGCACAGGGCGAGCCUGUGGAGGCCGGGAGAAUUGAAGGCAAGCGUUUCCGUGACGGAGAGCGUGGGUCCAGCAAUUUUGGAUAUGACGCACAUCGCAAUAACGAUGGGCCAGCUGGACCACGUCCGUAUGAAUAUGGAGGUGGUGGCGCCAGAGAGUCUCAGCAAGAGUGGGCUCCACAACAAUCAAAGAGCGGCAUCACGUACGAGUACGCGGGUUACCAUUUUGAAGGUCCUGGCCCAGUACGUUCUGACAUGGAACAUCUUGCUCGUGGCUUGGGCAUCCCACAAGGCGGCUACGUGCCCCCUCAAUACCUCCACUCCAAUACUCUCAUGAUGGACCAACCAGGUGCGGGUAUGAAAUGGUACCCGGAGAAACAGGGCCAACUGCCAGUUCUUCCACCAUUUCCAAUAUUCCCAACAGUUCCGAGUGCCCCAGCUCUUCCAAACAUUGCCGCUAUCAUGGAUGCGCCCCCUCUAGCCCAUCCAGAUCAAUUUUUCGGUCCAGCCGAGCUCUCUUCGUUCCAAGCUUAUCAAGAGGACUAUCCGCGCUUCAUCAAGAAAAAGGCGGCCUCAGAGCCAGCCGAGACUCGGAACCCAUCAUUCUCUCCAGCCAGUGAUUCGACCCAAGUCCAUGAAGAUGAUGUAGGAAUGAAUGAUGAAGAAUCUCCUUUGGUUGUCAGCAGCAGCGGUGUGGUCAAUAUCAUGCCAAUGUAG